AUGGGCUCCACAACUACCUCGACUCUUCCUCCGGACUUUCUUUGGGGAUUCGCAACUGCGAGUUAUCAGAUUGAGGGAGCUGUGAAUGAAGAUGGACGCGGCCCAUCUAUUUGGGAUACUUUUUGCAAAAUUCCCGGCAAAAUAGCCGGUGCAGCCUCUGGCGAGGUGGCUUGCGACUCGUACCACCGCACCCACGAGGAUAUUGCCCUGCUCAAGGAGUGCGGUGCAAAGGCAUAUCGUUUUUCUAUUUCAUGGUCUCGUGUCAUCCCUCUCGGUGGCCGGAAUGACCCCAUCAAUGAAAAGGGUCUCCAGCACUAUGUCAAGUUCGUCGACGACUUGCUCGCGGCAGGUAUUACUCCUCUCGUUACCCUCUUCCACUGGGAUCUUCCCGAUGAGCUUGACAAGCGCUACGGUGGUCUUUUGAACAAGGAAGAAUUUGUUGCCGAUUUUGCCAACUAUGCUCGCAUCAUGUUCAAUGCUUUCGGCUCAAAAGUGAAGUACUGGAUUACUUUCAAUGAGCCCUGGUGCAGCAGUGUGCUCGGAUACAAUGUGGGCCAGUUCGCCCCUGGCAGAACCAGCGACCGUACCAAGAGUCCCGUGGGCGAUGGCUCCCGCGAGCCCUGGAUCGUCGGCCACAACAUCCUUGUCGCUCACGGAGCGGCGGUGAAGAUUUACAGAGAAGAAUUCAAGCCCAGAGACGGUGGUGAGAUUGGCAUCACAUUGAAUGGUGACUGGGCUGAGCCUUGGGACCCUGAGAACCCCGCGGACGUCGAGGCCUGUGACCGCAAGAUCGAGUUUGCUAUCUCCUGGUUCGCUGACCCCAUCUACCACGGCAAGUACCCAGACAGCAUGAUCAAACAAUUGGGUGACCGAUUGCCCACCUGGACCCCCGAAGAUAUUGCCCUCGUCCACGGCAGCAACGACUUCUACGGUAUGAACCACUACUGCGCCAACUACAUCAAAGCCAAGACCGGCGAGCCGGACCCCGAGGACGUCGCCGGCAACCUGGAGAUCCUCUUGAAGAACAAGAACGACGAAUGGAUCGGUCCCGAGACGCAGUCGCCCUGGCUGCGACCCCACGCCAUUGGGUUCCGGAAGCUGCUGAAAUGGCUCAGCGACCGCUACAACCAGCCCAAGAUCUACGUUACUGAGAAUGGCACCAGUCUCAAGGGCGAGAACGACCUCUCGGUUGACCAGAUUCUGAACGACGAGUUCCGUGUGCAAUAUUUCCGCGACUAUAUCGCCGCCAUGGCGGACGCCUACACGCUGGACGGCGUGAAUGUCCGCGCUUACAUGGCGUGGAGCUUGAUGGACAACUUCGAAUGGGCUGAAGGCUACGAGACCAGAUUUGGCGUCACCUUCGUCGACUACGAGAACGACCAAAAGAGAAUUCCCAAGAAGAGCGCCAAGGUCAUCGGUGAGAUCUUCAACCAGUACAUCGAGAAGGCUUAG